AUGGAGCAGGUCCCGCUCGUUGGCAGCAAUGCUACUACAGCUUGUGAUUUCCCGGGUGCCUGCUGCCUCGCCCUGGCUACAGUUUUAGGGCAGGACAAAGUAUCCUUUGCCGACACUGCUGCUUAUGCAUCGUCUCAGGGAUCGUACUUUGCCCAGCAGAAUAGCGAGCUUCAGCCUUCGUGCGUGGUGUUUCCAGACUCAGCCGAUGACGUAUCAAUUGCGAUCACCAGCAUAUUAGCAAUAUCUUCUGGUGUACCUGAUAGCCAGAAAGCGGGCUGCCAGUUUGCGAUUCGCUCUGGCGGCCACAAUUCCUUCGGAGGCGCAUCCAACAUCGAUAAUGGCGUCACCAUUGAUCUGCGCGCUCUCAACUCUAUCCGGAUACAGGAUGCUCCAUCACAGAAAGAUGAGGAUGAAGAUGCGCAAGACAAGGAGCCACAACACACAGUCCUUGUCGGAGCAGGCGCUACAUGGGGCGAGGUCUAUGCCCUGCUCUAUCCGUUGGGUCUCUCGGUUGCAGGAGGCCGCGCUGCACAGGUCGGGGUUGGCGGGCUGACCCUCGGGGGCGGCAUCUCCUACUUCUCACCGCGCUACGGGUGGACGUGUGACAGCUUGGUCGGCGCAGAGGUGGUCUUGGCUAACGGCACAAUUGUAUAUUUGGAUGAGGACCAACAUCCGGAUUGGCUGGCAGCGCUACGCGGGGGCGGCGCUAACUUUGGGGUUGUCACAGGCUUCAAUUUGCGGACUUUCCCACAGGGUCUUAUUUACGGUGGGUUCAUCUACCACAGCACUGAGACUAUUGACGCCCAAUUACGUGCCUUCGCCGAGCUGGCUGAUCCCAAGGCCGGCGCGAGCAGCUAUGAUGAGUAUGCUUCGUUGAUCACCAGUUUCGGGUUCGCCGGAGGCCAGGGGGCUGCCAUAGUGAAUAGUGUUGUGUAUACGGGAGAGCUCGAGGAACUAAAGAAUGAUGGAGUAACACCGCCCCCAACUGUGUACAGAGCGCUUUUCGACAUCCCACAGUUGUUCAGCACCGUGCGUGUGGCACCCACGCAUGAGGUGGCUAUUGAGCAAGGACAGCUAAGUGUAGUAGCAACGCAUGGCGUGACCCUUUCUAUGUUGAAUGCGACCUACCUCCAGUGGAACUCCAGUCUGGAAGCCGUACAGGACGUGCCAGGCAUUGUGUGGUCGAUCUCUCUUGAGCCACUACCUCCGGCAAUUUAUGCGCGGGAACCUCCCGGUCAUAAUGCUAUGGGAUUAUCAUCCCCCGAACAGCCUGAGCGGCCACUAGUGGUGACCUUACUGAGCGCCACCUGGGAUGACGCGGCUGAUGAUGCCCGGGUUGAGGAAGCCGCCAAGGCGCUGUUUUCAGGCUUUGAAUCGGAUGCGUAUGCAUUGGAUGCAUAUAAUUCUUUUGUUUAUCUGAAUUAUGCGGCGCAAUGGCAGAACCCGAUUGCUAGUUAUGGCCCUGAGAGCGUUGAGCAAUUGCAACGCAUCAGCCGUGAGGUAGAUCCAACGGGCGUCUUCCGGAACAUGAUGCCAGGGGGUUUCAAGAUACCGCUGUGA